AUGGUUGCCGCUGUAACUAAGCCAAGUCAGGACCGAAUGAGAAGCAUCGGGUUUUUAUAUCCAAUGUUUUAUUUCAAAAACAUCCGUGAAUUAACAUGUUUGUUUGUUACCGCUUGUAUUUUGAUGAGCCAGUCGUUAGCAGACGACCAGGACUUUUUGGAGGAGUUUCUGAAGCGGGAAUAUUCUCUGGCAAAGCCAUACCGUGGGUUGGGCUUCUCUAGUUCUUCACAGUGGGAUCUGAUGGGCACUGCCAUGGUUACACCUGACCAUGUUAGGCUGACCCCAGACCUGCAGAGCAGACAGGGAGCAGUGUGGAGUCGAAUUCCUUUCUUCUUGCGUGAUUGGGAGCUUAAGGUUCACUUUAAAAUCCACGGUCAGGGAAAGAAGAAUUUAAACGGGGAUGGACUGGCCAUCUGGUUAACCAGAGAUCGCAUGCAGAAUGGUCCCGUGUUUGGCAACAUGAACCAGUUCAUUGGACUUGGAAUAUUUGUGGACACUUACCCCAAUGCUGACAAGACCCAUGAUAGGACUUUCCCUUAUAUAUCUGUAAUGCUGGGGAAUGGGACUCUGUCCUAUAACCAUGAUCAUGAUGGACGGACCACUGAACUUGGGGGGUGCACUGCUAUGGCGCGCAACGCAAUCUACGACACGUUCCUCCUCGUCAGACUCUCCAAAAACAGACUCACGCUCGUGGUGGAUGUGGAUGGUAAGCAGGAAUGGAAACACUGUGCUGACGUCACAGGAGUGCGGCUACCUCCAGGCUACUUCUUUGGUGCCUCCUCUGCCACUGGAGACUUAUCAGAUAACCAUGACAUAAUCUCCAUGAAGCUGUACCAGCUGACAGUAGAGAGGACUCCUGAGGAGGAGGAAGAGGAAGAAAUCACCGUACCCAGAGUUGACAACAUGGAACAGUUCCGAGUGGAAGUCGAGGAGGAAGGGAUGAGCGGAGUCCAGUUCUUUUUCACCCUCCUUUUCUCCAUCCUGGGCCUAGGUGUGCUGGCAGUGGUGGGACUGAUGGUUUACGGGCGCUGGAAGGAAAACAGACGUAAACGUUUCUAUUGAUAAGAGACCAAGUGAACCAUGUGGGUUUUUCAGAAUGUGUGUUUCUUAAUCAACAUACAUUACAACAAUGCAAAGACUUGCCAUAGCUUUACUGAAACUAUCGAAUGAACUGAAUGAACAACCUCAUGGGUCUGAAGCCCACAGCCUAGAGAUCAUAAACUGCCGAGAUGAACAGGUGAAGAGAUCAUGAACAGGUGAGCCAGCUGUGAAAUAUAUAUUUUUUUUUUAGAAUUUUUUUUUUUUUUUAUUAUUAUUAUGGAAGGUAAAGCUGCUCAAGUUGAUUUUUUUGUGUUAAAAUAUGCUCAUCUCAACUUGAAGCACAGUGAGGUUGCAGCAUCCCAUAUCACUAACUGACACUAGAUUUCAGACAAACAAAAACUUCAGAAUCAGAUGCUGUAUGUAGUUUAUUGACGCCAUGUUACGGUACUGAAGUGUAGUUACCUCCUACGGCCACUUGGUGCUGCCAGCGUGCAGCUUUAAAUCUGACCUGUACCUGCUGUGAAGACUAAUCAGCCUGUGGAUCAUUGCAGACGUGUUGCUGCACUGAAGAAGUUUCAGUUGUAGUGACCUCUUCAGUGAAUCUGAGAGCACUUUAUGAGCCAGGCAACGCACUUACAUCAGCUGUGGAGGUUGUGUGACCUGUUUUUAAAUGUAUGAUCAAUGACACAUCACAUUAUGUUGUACAUGAAAGUAAUGAUUCGAGUCACCAGUGCUGUUUGAAGUGCCUAGCUAGGACCGAUAAAGACAAGGUGUUACUUUAUGUUGUGGCCCUGUCUGCAGGUUUAAGCUCCCUUUUCUUUUCUAUUUAACAUCUCAAAUGAUUUGGCUUCAUUCACUUUCUGAAGUUACUAACAGUUCCGUUAUGAUGGAGUUGUUUAUCCAGAUCAAAAAUCUCUGUUUCUGUGGCACUGAAUUUCAUCAGACCCCAGUCAAUAGAAAAUAUUUCACUAUUAUAUCAGCUAAUUCAUUUGUGAUGAUGUUGCUUUGGGAUUUGAAUCCAGGACGCACUGUGAAUUGAAUAGCCAUAUGCAGGAUUAUGUUGUCAAAUGCGCGUUUGAGUUAAACUGAAGAGUAUGUGAAUAUGAAUGCUGUUUACUGUUUAGUUGUGUAACCUGUAAUAUAGCUGUUAAAAUGAUGCAGGGCUUUUUCUGCCAAAAUACAAGCUGGUGCCUUACCCACGGUGUCCAGUGGACGCAGCUCUGUCACAUGUCUGUUCCUUCUCAGCUGCUACAGACGCUCCACUGACUCUCCAGCUGGUGUGACAGUCAGUGAGCUUACAUGCAGUCAUUUUUCUUGACUGUCGUGUAAAUGAGAAACUUUGUGUUCUGUUAUCAGGGAGGAUGAUGAGGUUAACCUAGUUUCCUCAGGUAGAUUGUUACAGAAUGCUGAACUCUGGCCCUGUUCAGACCUGCAUUAACAAGCGUCUUCAGUGCUUCAGAGAUCCGCUCAUAUGUGGUCAGCUCUGAGUUCGUCAGUUCACACCUGCUUUAAAAUGAGUCUCCAUCAGAUCUCACUUCCUGCUUUAUAUGCAAAUAAACAGGUAUGCGUUGAUGUUUCUGGACAAUCUGACAGAUGGGUCCAUUGUCAAUGUGCUUGUGUGUAUGUGUGUGUGUGCGCAGGAGAGAGAGACAGAGAGAGAGAGAGUGAGUGGGGCAUGGAGGGUUUGAACGAAUCAUCGCACUGUGCACAGCUCUAAUGAAAUACAGUUUUAUCCAUUUGAAAUAUCGAAAUAUUUUAGGUUCAUUAUGAAACUGUGUUGGGACUAAUGAGACUGUGGCA